AUGGAUGGCCUUCCCGAGUCAAUGGAGGCGAUUGCCCUGUUCGAAUAUGGACAACCAUCAAGUUACCAAAAGACCAGUCUCAAGACUCCCUCUAUUAACCAGCCAAAUGAGGUUUUAAUCAAGGUUCAUGCCACAUCCAUUAAUCCUAUAGACGUAAAGAUGGCAUCAGGCAUGGCAAAAAGAAUACAACUGGCAGCGUUUCCUUACAAGCUCGGAUUCGAUGUCGCGGGCACCAUUGUCGCCGUUGGGUCGACAGUAAAGACGUUGAAAGUCGGUGACGAGGUCUACUCUCGAGUUCCAAACACCUACAGAGGCACUGUCGCAGAAUACGCGCUAUCGACCGAAGAGGCCACGGCCGUCAAGCCUCCCAGUCUUAGCUUUGAGGAUGCGGCGAGUAUCCCGUUGGCAGGGCUCACUGCAUUGCAGUGUAUGGAAUACGCAAAUGAGCACCUACCUGGUGGGCUAGAGGGCAAAACAGUCUUUAUACCGGCUGGCCUAAGCGGAACCGGGAGCUUUGCCGUGCAACUUGCGCGCAACGUGUUCAAGGCCGCAAGAGUUGUCACGACCGUCUCCACAAAAAAGAUUUCCAAGGCUCAGGGGUUUCUCGGCCCAGACGUGGAGCUGAUAGACUACACAAAAGAGGACGUGGCGAAGCGUGUAGGAUCCGAGACUGUCGAUUACUUUUUCGACACCAUGGGUGACACGACAACCCAUCUUCCCAUCAUGAAACAAGGUGGUGUUAUUGUCAGCAUAUCGACCAUUCCGGCUGGGACCAAGAUGAAGGGCCACGCGCCAGACAUGCCCUUUCUUGCAGAGAAACUCUUAAAUUGCGCAGACAAGUUUUACACUUGGCGCUGCAACUUUGCCGGGGUUCACUACACUUAUUUGUUCAUGAAACCUUCAGCAGAUGGCUUGAAUCAGUAUUCACGCUAUGUGCAAGAUGGCCAGGUGAAACCCCUCGUGGGAAAGGUGGCAAGCUUGCAAGAUUUGGAUGCAAUCCGGAGCGGAUGCCAAGAAAUAUUUGAUGGAAAGGGAGGUUUAGGAAAAUUUGUCAUAACAAUGAGUCAAUAA